GAUGGGAAAUCUAUUGGGUUAACUCCGGAACGUCGCAAUGUUUACCCACCUAGUAUACUCCCCGUUUCUCACCUUACCAACGCGACGACUAUCCGCCACACUUACCAUGCUCAGCAUCCUGCGAUACAGGACAACGGUACAGCUGCUACAACCACAUCACCCAAUCCUCUCUUCGCAUCAGCAGGAGACUGGUUUCUACCAUGACAAGGCGGCACCAUGCUGCGCCCCAGACACGGUCUGCUGCACCUACGACCGAGCCCGUCGUGAGGCAAACUCGACAUCGCGAAGCGCGUGAGGCAAGAUAUGCGACCGAGAUCGCCCAGCGUGGUACCAUACGCCGACGUAAUAGAAGCAUUGAGAGCGUGGCUACGACCGACUUCCCUAAAAGUUCUGUCGGGUAUGUUAGUCCCAGGCCGGAGUCGGAGGAUCCAGACCUGCCCUCGAUAGACCAGAUUGUCGAAAUGGCCAGCGCAGUUCCCGAAGAGGAAAUCCCUCACGAAUCGCCAGAGAUAGAGGCUGCUAGGGUGCAAGACAUGCUUGAGUUCGACAUACCCAAGCUGUCGCGCUGGUCCAAGAAGAUGCACGAAGCUCUCUCUUCCAUUGGCGACGAUCAACCGAGCGAAGAACAACAGUCAACACUCAAGGAUAUCCGACGACUUUUCGCCAAAGCACUCCUCGCUCUUACAGACAAUCCGGCUCUUUUCAUCACGCGUAAGGAGUUGCCCGCCAACUAUAGUUCGAGGGAGCGGGCCACGGUGCGGCUGGCUAUCCUCUCAGGUAACCUCAUGUCGCUCGUAGCAUCAAUUCGGGAUACGUGGGCCGGAGAGCGCGAAAAUUUGUCGAUCCUCGAGGAGCUCGACAAUGCCUUCCCAGCCUCGUUCACUUCGGGUCUGGGCCCGUCGACAGAUGUCGAAGACGCCGCCGAGAUUCUCGGCCUAGCCUUCCACAUUCGGUGCUGUUGCCUCGUUGCCUCGCUAGCCGCAAAUCCCAAUACCGAACCUUACAAAAUCGUCUCCGACAUAUUCUGUAACCGGCAGACACUGGAUAUGAACGGCAUUCGAAUGGCUUUAAGAGACCGCCGGAACCUGAAAAUGUUAGCUGGGAUCGACAUCAACGAAGGCGGUAAUUUCCGCGACAUCGUCGAUAGCUGUAUCCAAGACCUCAUCUCUGCGCUCGAGUCUGACGACCGCUCGGCGAUAUACUCGUCUCUUAACCAGCUGUAUUCCCGAGACAAGCUUUUCACAAAUGUCUAUUCGUGGGCCAUGGAGAAGUUUCGCCAGCUCAACCAAGAUGCAAAUCAUGGCGAUAUUGGGGCAGCUACUUCACCUCCUGCAUCCCAUGCAAACGCAGAAUUGGGAGAGCCGGCUGCGUCUCCGCCUGUAGACAACGGGGGGGGAGCUGACUCUGACUCCAACUACGAAUUCGACGCAGCGGAUGGAGAUUAUGACCAGCUUCCGCAGGCAGAUUCCAAUCUAGUUUUCAUCAGCAAACCUACCAUGCUAACGGAUGCGGUGCAGGGGGAAUCGGCACUGCACACCAGAGAAUUGAUUCGUGGUCUGGAUCCUGAACAAGUUUUAAGCCAGAUAGGAAAGCAACCGCGGCCUACCAGGGAGAGCGAAGCGGAAACCGACGACGAUUUCGAGACGAAUCAGAAGCCUCCCAAUAAGACCAGGCGAAGGGAGGAUGAGGCCUCGGCUAGCUUGCAGCCACGCCUCAAGCGGCCCCGACCGGCCCUUCAGCCUCCAGCUACGACUUCCCGGCCGCCGUCGCUGACCCGGGACUUCGAAGAAAGCGACGUGGCUGCUUUUAGCGUGAAAGCUCCAGCAAGGGAAUCCUUCAGGAGUACAUAUCGUACUCGGAACAACCGCAGACAGACACGCCAGCCGUGGUCCGAUUCGGAUACCGCGCGACUCCUCAACCUAAUAUCGAAUCCCGCCUAUGGAGGCUCGUGGAGCAUAAUGGCACAGCAAGGAAAGUUCGAACCCAGCCGAGACCAGCAAGCGCUGCGUGAUAAGGCUCGCAAUAUGAAAGUUAAGUAUCUCGUAGAGGACAGAGUCUUGCCCAGGGGUUUUGACGGGGUUAUUCUAAGCUCCAAACAGAGGGCAAUUGUUAUCAGAGAAGGCAAAAACCCCGAGCGCCGGGAAGACGAUGUCAACGAAGAUGGCCUUGUAAGCAAUAACAUUAUAGGUAGUAGGCCAAGACCCCAAUGAUAUUUUCGGCUGCUAGGACCCACUUAAAGUCGCCCUCCUAUUCUAACUACUAAUAUAUUACUACUUCAUACAGGUAUUAAGUCUACCUGAAUGGUUCUCUAAAUAUAAAGCGCCAAAGCCUGCGAGUCCUAAGGGUUGAAGUUAAACAUCUCAUUCUCUUCGUGGGACGUCCACCCCUGGGCGGGCCAGCCUAUAGUCCAGCGUGUUCCGUAACGAUUACUUAAUCUAGAAGGUACGGAUACCAUCCUUUCAGACGGGAGACACUAGCCUCGGAGGAGGCGCUGGGACGAAUCUAUGUCUGAUGUAGGUAGGUACAUAGCAGAUGUAGGUGCUUGUACCAGCACUUUCCACACACACCGGGUGACUCAUGAAUUUUCAUGUCGGCGGUCGCCC